AUGGCAAUUGAUGAGGACGACGUCCCCUCGGAAAGAUUCAUUGAUCAACCACCGAGCUGCAUCGAGUUCUGUCCAGCGGACGCUUCAAUCUUCGUUGUUGGCACUUACAAAUUAGAGGUCCGCGAGGAACGUAGUAGUCCUGAAGGGACAGCAUCACAACCGAGAUCAGGCCGAGUCGAGCUGUAUCAGAUCAGAGAAAGCGCACAGUCUACAGGCUUUGGCGUCACGCAAUGCAUCAAAAAAUACGAUUUUCCUGAUUCUGCGGUACUGGAUCUACAUUUCCGUCCCCAAGAUCCCACUUUCUUUGCAGUCUGUACAAGCACUUCUCUGAUGGUAUUCUUUCGCUUAGAGAUCGUUGAGUCUGAAGAAUCUCCUAGACCGUCGGUCCGGCACCUUGGUUCUUGCCAGAUAGGUGAAGACGAUACCGUCCUUGCUACUGCUUUUACAUGGGAGCCACGCCCUGAUACAUGUCUGCUUUCAUUCGCUGUCGCCUUCUCAUCUGGUGAUGUCAAACUAUUCGGGCUCAGCGAGCGUGACUUUCAGAUUUCAUCUGAGGUCAGCAUAGACCAGGCACACAGUCUAGAAGCAUGGACGCUUGCAUUUGCAGGUCCUUCGUCCCGUACGAAGAACGAGAAAAUGCUUCUCACAGGAGGCGAUGACAGCAUCUUAGCUUUUCACUCUAUCGAAUCCGGAACAGACUCUGACUGCGUUACAGCUGUACAACUCUUCCAGGAUCGCAAAUCACAUACUGCUGGCGUAACCGCUAUACUUCCCAUUUUUGAGACAAACUACGUGCAUCUAGGUAGCGGAGUCUUCGUCACCGGCAGCUACGAUGAGCGCAUUCGAGUCUUCACCCUUGAAGAAAGUCCACCGUACAGAAGAAACAUGAUAGCAGAGCUUUCUCUGGGUGGCGGCGUUUGGCGACUUAGGACACUGUUACAGCUCCCCUGCGAGGAGGUUGGAGGAGAUCAUGUAUGCUCUGUUCUGUUAUUGGCAUCCUGCAUGCAUGCUGGCGUUCGUAUUGUCCGCAUCACACGAAGACUAUCAAGGAAUCCAAACCAGGAGGCGUGUACCUGGGAGAUUGAUGUUGUUGGUGCAUAUACUGAAGGCCAUGAAAGCAUGGUUUAUGGAGCCGACUCUGCCAGUGUACGGAGGCUGACUGACCAUGAAGCUGAGUAUCCUGGCGAUACCGAUCCAUUGCUGCGAUCGGGCAAUCAAGAUAACGAUGACGAUCCUCCCCGAGACUUUGUAAUUGUAAGCACGAGUUUCUACGACAGGAAGAUCUGCGUCUGGAGCUUCCAUUACGAGGGCGCAGCAGUCGUGAAGGUGAACACUGGGCUUGAUUCUGUCGAUUCUCACUUGAACAUCGACUGA